UAUUAUUUGCAAUUAUGUAGUAUAAUUUUAACUGCACUAUGUUUUACUUAGUGGUUAAAAGGGUUUGUCRAUCGAGUAGAAAGCUUACAAGUAUUUCCUAAGACUAACAGACCAAAUCAUGUGUUAAUUAAUGAAUACUUAUCAGGACAAGGAAUCAUGCCACAUUUAGAUGGAAGUUUAUUUUUUCCUACUAUAAGUACUAUUAACUGUGGAUCUCAUACCGUACUGAAUUUUUAUAAUACAAUAAAGACUGACAAAGAAGUUUUAUCUAGUGAGAAAGUAUAUAGUUUAUUGUUGGAAAGACGAAGUCUACUAAUUUUGAAGGAUAGAAUGUAUACAGAAUAUUUGCAUGGCAUUGAGGAGAUUACCAAUGAUAUCAUUGAUGACAAAAUAUCCAAUAUAAGAUUUUGUGAAUCAAUUAAACAAAACAGAAUUUCACUGACAAGAAAUAAACGUAUAUCAUUAACUAUAAGAAAUGUUCCAAAAGUAUCCAAAUUGAAUUUGAACUCUUUGGUUUUAAAAAAAUAAACUCAUUAAUUCUAAAACACAAAUAUGUACAAUAAAUUGUUUGAAUAUAUUUUUAA